CACGAGGCGAGGUCAGCGGCAGGUGAUCAGCUGGUCAUAGGACCAUCACCUGGUGGUAUAUAACUGCACGUUGUCAACAGGGUUUAGCGUUGUUCUAACCCACAGCCAUGAGGUCACUCAUAGUGUUCCUGUGCAGCGUAGCCCUCUGCAGUACUGUGCCUUUUCACAAGGGGGCACACCAAUGCCGUGAUAACUGCCAACCCGAGGAGACUUGUUGUAAUGCCAACAGUACCAUGACACACGGCUGCUGUCCUAUUCCACAGGCUACCUGCUGCAGUGACGGCCUCCAUUGCUGUCCCAGCGGCUUCAAAUGUGACCUUACCCAGAAUGCCUGCGUGCAGGGUAACUUGGCUCUUCCCUGGUCCCCCAAAAUGGAGGUCAGGCUCGGUGCCACCAUCACGUGUCCGGGCGGAACGCACGACUGUCCAGAGAACACCACCUGUUGUCUGACCGCCACUGGCCACUAUGGGUGCUGCCCUCUUGCAAAGGCUGUGUGCUGUAAAGACAACACCCACUGCUGUCCCUCCGGCUACAAGUGUGACGAGUCAGCAGGGAAGUGCCGCCAAGGUAACCAGACACUCCCCCUUCUGGAGAAGUUCAAGGCCAGGCCCAGGACAGGUUUUCUACCAGAAAAGCAGGCCAAAGUUGUGACAUGUCCCGACGGCUUGUCUGCUUGUAAAGACAACACCACCUGCUGUAAGGAUGACACUGGAGAGUACGGCUGCUGUCCCAUACCUGAGGCAUUAUGCUGUGAUGACCAGGUCCACUGCUGCCCAGCCGGCUUCACCUGCCAACCCAACAAGGCGAAGUGUUCCAAGGGAGAUCUCACCAUCCCGAUCUUCACUAAAACACGGGCCGCCGCCCGGGUAGAGUCCAUCCGGUGUGGAGAUGGCAGUGCCUGUCCGAACCACCACACCUGCUGCAAGACUAAGACUGGGAAAUAUGGCUGCUGUCCGCUGCCAAAUGCUGUUUGCUGUAAGGAUGAGAUCCACUGCUGUCCCGACGGUUACACCUGUGACACCGCCGAGGGCAGGUGUAUCAAGGGCGACAUGACCCUCCCCUGGCUCGAGAAACGACCUUCAAAGUCCUCCAGGAAGGUCACCAAAGAGGACAUGGGUGCGAAGCCCCCUCCCCAUGCAGUGAUCUGUCCCGACCACGUGGCCAUGUGUCCUGAUAACAACACCUGCUGUCUGCUGCAGGACGGCAACUAUGGCUGCUGCCCAGAGCCGCAUGCUGUGUGCUGUAGCGACCGUAAGCACUGCUGCCCACAAGGCUACACCUGUGACACCUCCCAAGGGAAGUGCCUGCAGGGCUACAGGAGCAUCCCGUGGAUAACCAACAAGGUCGCGACCCCGGUUAACCCCAUCGACUGUGAUGAAGAGGGCAAGGUCAAGUGCCCGGAUAAAAACACCUGCUGCAAGAAAACCACCGGAGAAUGGGGUUGCUGUCCUCUAGAAAAGGCUCUGUGCUGUAAUGACCACAUCCACUGCUGUCCCCACGGUACUGUGUGUAAUGAGACGUCAGGCGAGUGUCACUACCCUGACGGUACCACCCAGGCCUGGGUACAGAAAACACCACCCCUGCUAGAUGUCAGGGAGGAUGUUAGAGAUGUGCAGUGUCCUGAUGGAAAGUCUGCCUGUGAAGAAGACUACACCUGCUGUAAGAACAGCACAGGCUACUCCUGCUGCCCCUUCUCAAGAGCUGUCUGCUGCAACGACACUAUCCACUGCUGUCCCCAACAUUACACCUGUAACUCAGGUGCUCCAGGAACCUGUGUCCACAACUUCCUGCCCACCGUGCCUAUGGCCAAAAAGACUGCUCCAAAGAUUGUAAAACUUGACCAUAAUGAGAUUCAAGCUUACAGUGAGAACAAUGUCAGGUGUGACACUUUCCACGAAUGUCCAGCUAACAAUACCUUGCUGUAAGCUAGCCUCUGGAAAGUGGGGUUGCUGUCCCUUACCCAGUGCUGUCUGCUGUAAUGACCAUGUUCACUGCUGUCCUGAGGGAAC